AUGGGAUUUGAUUCCCCUGAUCUACGAUCACCCUCUUCAAUCUAUAUUCGACAGCUUGAAGAGGGCUUGCUUCUUGCUAAAGAUAAAUUAUCUCAUUUAAGAAGGCAUCGCCUGCCCAAUGACAAGCAAAAGACGAAGAAGGAACUUACUAGACCUCCUUGCGACCAUAGCUUGACCUCAGCCUUGAACUACCUGCAUGGAAGCCUUCCCUUCCUGGCGCGCAGACAGACCAUCUUUAGUGAAGUCCCUCCUUCCCCUAAAGCAUCCAUUUCGUCAAAGAAGGACGAAGUAGGCACACUUACUACUCUGAUUGGGCGUGGACUGGGAAAAAAAGUAGCAGCUAAAGGAAAGCUAUAA